UCGAGGCUCAUGAUUCUUGGGGGUAUCAUCAUUUUCUCAGUGCUAUGGUGCAUCAUUCGCUGCGCGUGCUGCGCCAAAUCAUGUUGCUGCUCGUGCUUCAAGUGUCUCCAGUGCUGCGGUAAUUGCUGCGGGUGCUGUGACCCUCCAAGGGGGGACCGAAGGCAGUAUCUUGACGAGCCGUACAUCCCGCCAAAUCAGGGUUACAAGUCGCAGGAGCCUAUGCACCUUGGGUAUGACAGUCGCCCUACUGCACCCCCUGUUUUUAGUGGCGGUGGUGGUGGUGGUGGAUAUGCCGCUUCGACGGGCGUGACAAGCAAACCCCAAUAUGCUGAAUUCGAUGUCGGCAAGAACAAGCCUGGAAAUGAAGAUGCACUUCCCGAGAUGCCGAGCUGGGAAGGUGCGGAGAGCAAGAAGAUCGUGUUGGAAGAGGAGGAGGAGGCCGUGGAGAUGAACCAGUUGAAGAAGCCCGAAGCCAACUCACCAAACGCGCAAAGCCCGACCAGUGAUGAAUGGAGUAGCUGCGGCGGGUGCAAUACCUGGGCGUGGUUCUACGAGCCCGAACCCGGGGAACAGAAGCCCUUACGGACCACCAGGCGCUGGAGCACAAUCUAA